CACCUACCCAACUUUUCUCCUGUGUCUGAUAUGCCGGCCCCAGGGAUCAGUGUGUUCCCACUGGCGGCUUGUCCUCACCACUCACUCGAUGGAGCAGACGGGGGCGGAAUGAAAGACUGGCUACCUGGUGCCCCACUCCCAAUUCCGAUCGAACCAAAGUUUGCGACACCAUCAGAGGAACGAUUUGCUGUAGAUACAUCAGGGUUCAAGCCUGAGCCUAAGAGACCACUACUACCAACCCGAUCAACAUCAGUUGCACUAGGGUUCAAGCCUGAGCCUGUGCCUGCAGGACUACCACUCCCAACCCCAACGCUGGACAUGCCAAGGGCUGGGGCAUCGCCGCCCGUACCUCCCGCAGCCCACUCAUCACGAAUCAAGGUGAUCAAUCUUGCUCCGUGCAGUCUUGACGUGAUAGAUGCCAUAUGGGUCUACAAAUGGAAAGCAGACGAAACAGGCAAGAUAGUGAAGGCCAAGGCUAGGCUUGUAGCGAAGGGCUUCAAGCAGAAGCAUGGUGUGGAUUAUCUUGAGGCUUUCUCGCCUACUGCAAAGACUGCAUCGAUUCGUUUGCUGUCGGAAUUGGAUCAUGAGGUGUUCAUGAAGCUGCCUCCUGGCUGCGAGUCGAUGUCAGGAAAGGCCGUCCGUUUAGACAAGAGCUUGUAUGGACUGAGGCAGGCAUCUAGAACAUUUCACAAGAGACUAGUGUCGGACCUGAAGACAAUUGGUUUUGAGCAGUCUCUGUCUGACCCGUGUGUUCUCCGUUUCAUAAUGGGGGACGAGAUGAUGGAUAUGAUCGCGAUUCAUGUGGAUGACAUUCUGUAUGGAGGAAUUGAAAGCCUUGCCACGACAGUUGUGCAAGCGCUAGGUGACUCUUUUCGCACGAAGAAUUUGGGCGAGGUCAAGUUCUUUCUUGGUUGCGCAUUUAAUCGCGACCGCGAGGCUCGCACGAUUGAGAUGUCUCAAGUGAGUUGCGUCAGGCGUGUUCUCGAGAGAUUCAAUAUUUGUCGCACCAGCCCGAUCCCUGCUUCCCCUGCUAGUGAUUACAGGUCCGUGACGGAGGAGGAGAAGGCAGGGGAUUUGCCGUUCCGAGAGGUGGCGGGGAGCCUGAUGUGGAUCGCCAACCAGACGAGGCCCGACAUCUCAAAUGCUGUGCGGGUGGUGGCGAGGCACUCUCGCAAGCCAAAGAAAAGCCACUGGAAGGCGGACCAGAAGAUUCUGAAUUAUCUUAUGGAGACGACUUUGAAGUACAAGCAGGACACGAUGGUAGACGUAGGCACGUUGGUGUACGUAGAUGCAGACUUCGCCAAGAAGGCCACUGACCGUAGAUCGGUUUUGGGAGCACUAGUUCUUGUAGCUGACUGUCUUGUUGCUUGGAUUUCUAGGACGCAGAAAUGUGUCACACUUUCAACAACUGAAGCAGAGUAUGUUGCGAUGGGUGACGGUGUAAAAGGGGCUCUGUUUGUCCGGAAUGCCCGAGUUCUUGAGAUAGAAUUGGUAAGAUUCAGGUGA